UGUAUGUGCGUGUGUAAUAGAGAUUCAGUUUUAACGUGGCCGUGUCAGGUCUACUGCGCACAAUGGAAAACAUCAAGGUGGUGGCACUCUUUGUGACAGCAUGUCUCUGCUAUUUGCGACAUGUGUCUGCCAUUGAAGUGCCAGACGUUUACACGGAGGUGCACAAACGGUUAGAAGACCGGAGAAUGAAAUCCGUAGCUCCUGGAGAAUUAGAUCCGGAAUAUCGUAACGUUACUGUCGGCCUGUACUUAGUCAACAUUGUACAGCUAAAUACACGGGACAAUUUUUUGGAUGCUGUUUAUUGGAUUGUGCUGAAGAAUAAUGACCCUCGGCUGACAUGGAACCAUACUUCCCCUGAGACCAUGGUGUUGUCUAACUCCAAGAUAUGGAUUCCGGACAUUGAAAUUUUCAACGGGUUAAACAAAAUGGAAUACCUAACGGUUCACGACGCCAUUGUGGGGAAAGAGGGCCACGUGGUUCGUGUCCCUGCCGUCAAGUUUCGGGUGCCAUGUGCAGAAGAGGACAACAACAACAUAACGUGCGGAAUCAUGCUGGGGUCGUGGAUGUAUAAUACGAACGUACUGCAAACAGUGGUAGAGGGAGAAGGGGUCGACCUGCAAUUCCUCAACCCAAACCCAAAGUGGAGUGUGGUGGGGUCUUCUGCAAAGCAAAAUGAGAUAUCCUUCAAAGUGGCAGGAGCAGACAGCAAUUUCUCUCAUGUUGAAUACAGCCUAACAUUCCAAAGUAGGGACAAGUGUCGUAAAUAACAUCUGUUUAGUAUAUUCAUAACAUCUGUUUAGUAUAUUCAUAACAUCUGUUUAGUAUAUUCAUAACAUCUGUUUAGUAUAUUCUAACUAUUGCAUGUACAGCACAAAAUUUUAGUCAAUUUUAUGUUCUUUGUUUUCACUUUUUACAAAAAUUCCUUUAAGAGGUUAUUUAACUGUGUAACCAAAAGCAUAAAUAUUCUCUAAAAACAAAAACACGUUAAUCACUUUGGUGAAAAACAAAGCGCAAUAACCUUACCAACAGCCGCUGUGAAGAUCAUUUAAUUAUGUAAAGAACUUUCUUUCAAUUUUCUAUAACAAUUUGACAUUAAUCGUGCGUACGUUUUAUAUAUUUUUGUUUGUCACUUUCUUGCUAUUAUUGUUUUUGCCCUUUGUGCUGAGUGUUUGUUAUAUUAUUAUGUAACAUUAUAUUAUACAUGACUUUUGAAGCAAAAACAAUAGUUUAAUGUCAACAGAUGAGAUUGCAAUGUACAUGCACAGGUUUCUACCACAUUGGCGUUAGAACGAACUCUUGAUUAGACCUACAAAGUUUUCGCUAAAAGUUACCAAUUUUAGUCCAUGCAUACAUAACGCUACCGAAUUAUCUAAUACAUGUAAAAGGUGUCUCCAGUUUAUUUCUUCAAGAUAGAUGGGACAUGUACAUGGUGUCUCCAGUCUACAUUUCCAGGUCAUACACUCUAAGAAAGGUUGCUUCUUCAAGGCACUCGGUUAAGUUCUUUGGCAUGCUUCACUGGUGGAACCAAAGUUAGAACCAAAGAAAGAACCAAAUGUAACCCUUGUUUUCGCUGCGCCGAGUUCUUCGACCUGCCUCCAUGCGCAAACAUGGUCUGUAGACCACUAAAGUGAGUUGUCACUGACCCGCACUGUGCUUUCGGCACUGUUGAUUUUUCUCCACCCACACCACCAGAGGUUAAGGCUGAACCAGAGCUACCUAACGACCGGUACCUAUAGCGAACAGUUACGGUUAGAUUUCAAACCUUUUCCAGAGACAUUUAUUGCUUACCCAUGCAGUAGUUAUCCAAAUAUUUUGGAUUAUAUUAUAUGUACACCAACAGGUUCACAAGAAAACCAAUCAUGAGAGCAAGAAAAACGCGCGGUUCUCUGAAGAACCAUGA